AUGCCGACGGCAUCCGGGGCGGGCUCGACAACGUCGCUCGUGCCUAUACAGCGAGAGCACGUCUUCGAGAACGAAUGGACGAGUCCCUUGCAUCCGCAACUGUUUGACGGACGAUGGAGGACGAUGUCACUGGGGUCCGAAGAGGUGAGUGCAGCACUGUUGCGCCAGAGUCUCGAGAUUGACACGUUGGAGGGAUUGCCAGUCAUCCGUAGGCAAAGUCAUGGUCUUGCCAUGACAAUGAGCAAUCAUGGAGAGGAAGCAGGCCCUCGCGCGGACUCCUCAGCGUCUUCUCUCCGGAAUGACCUGGAAAACAAUGUCGCCAUUCAUAACAACUCCGCUGACGUCGCCAAGUCGGUCGCAUACGAAUGGCACGAGAACCCGAGCUGUGCGCAGGAAGACAGGCAACGCUGUCUAUCCUACGCGUACCGACGAAAAAAGUAG